GGAAGCGAGUGCAUAUAAAGAAAACAAACAAGAAAAUUCUCGACGCCUUGCUGUUGAAGCUGCACCCUUCUCCCCAACCCCCUUCGCGUGAGUUUUUGGGUUUCUCGGUUUGCUUGUUUUUUUUUUUUGUGUGUGUGCGCUCUCAAUGACGGAGGAGAACUAUGUUGCGGGGGAACUCGGCUUGGUUUUCAGUAACGCCACCCCGUUGACCUUGCCCGUCGUCACUCAAUUCCUCCGUAAGCGGCUGGAGGAUAUGGAGGAUUCCGACAAAGCCAAAGGUCUCAUCGAUAGCUGCUACCAACAGGUGAACAUGCUGCAAGAAUCCUGCGUGAACGAGUAUGCGGUGAGUGAAUUGCAUCAAAUCCGGCUUCGCAUCCGCCGUGAUGAGGCCGAGGUUAUCGGCAACGCCGGGAUUCCAACGUCGUUGGAUGGGUUUAGCACCUACCGCACCGGCGCGGAUGGGAGCACCACAACCAAGACACGCUUAAAGGAGUUUGAAGUGGUCGCGCUCGCCACGCUAGUACCCAAAAAUGUGGAGGAGGCUCUGGUGCUGAUCCCGUCGCUCUCCCGGUAUGAAACGGAGGAUCUUCAGGCGGCUAUCGCACUGCUGGAGCAGUAAGAAGCGGUCUCUUUCUUUCUUUUCGGUAGAAAAUGAGGCUUAAUUGAUUUAUAAAAGGGGUGAGAUCCAUAUGUCGUCCUGUAGAUCGCAGUGAUAAAA